CAGAAACUGAGCGACAGAAUAAAGUCCAGGGAAACUGAAGUUCUGCUGCAGUCGGUCAGACGAACCACAGCUGAGUUCACUUUCUCUCAAACUUUCUUUGAACACGACUUCAUUCGACCAGAACUUCCAGCAACAGGACGGUUCUGGAAGAGAUGGACAGAAUCCAAUGUCAUCAAUCAGAACAGACUGGAGGUGAUCAGGGAGAUGAUGAGAGGGGUGAUGAGGAUGAAGAGAGAGAUCAGGAGGAAGAGGAGAGCAAGCAGCCUGGUAGAAAGAGAAAGACGAAGCGUCAGCGAGACAAGGACUCUCAGUGUUCGAAUGAACAAACUGUGGAUCAGUGUGAAAUCAGGCUCGGGUUGCUCAACACUCGGUCGAUGACAAAAAAAGCACCCAGGAUCUCAGAGCUCAUAACACAAAACAACCUGGACGUCUUUCUCGCAACAGAGACGUGGUUAAAACAUGCUACAGCAGACGGAGUCCUCAGCAAGGCUUCACCACAACGUUUCAGUUUCCACUCUCAGGUGAGGGCAGGUACAAGAGGAGGAGGAGUUUCCAAUCAGUUCUCAGAUGUAAUGCGGGGAAAACAAAUUCAGUUUGACUCUCUAAUCAUAACGACCUUUGAGUUUGUUGUCACAGACCUGCAACAUGACGACUGGAACCAACCUGUCGUGAUCAUCAACCUGUAUCACCCACCAGGAUACAACCAGCAACGAUUCCGUACGUUUCUGAAUGAGUUUCAAAGUCUCCUGGAUGAAGUCAGGAAGAAUUACAGCAGCUUCAUUGUGGCUGGAGAUUUCAACAUCCAUGUUAAUAAAGACAAGAGGUCCUAUACUGAUGAGUUUGAUUCUCUUUUGCUGGUCAAUGACCUCACGCAGCAUGUUAAAGAGCCAACACACAAAGCAGGUAACACUCUGGAUCUGGUCAUCACCUCAAAUGUUGAAGUCUCUGGUCUCGUUGUUCAGGAUGAAAAAAAAGUAGUAAAAUCAGAUCAUUACACUGUUUAUUUUAAUGCAAAGCCAAAAGACACAACAGACAAAACUGAAGAAAACAAGAACGAAGAGCAGAAACCAUUCAGACAGACGGAGGAAUAGAAACUGAAUAAUUCUCUGAAAUGUGAAAGAAGCUGAUUGAUCUCUAAUAUCUCACCUGAUGUAACUGUGAUCAAUGAAGUUUCUAGGUGGUAAUUUAAUGACCUGCUUCAGUCCUCUCUCCUCUGAAGAUG